AUGGCUGCAGAAGAAGGGAGGGGGUCAAACCCUAACAAUGCACAGGUUCGUCGGCCUGAAAUGCUUUGCCCAGAGUCUGGGAAAUUGUACAUAUUUGGUUACGGUUCUUUAAUUUGGAAACCCAACAUUACAUAUUCAAGAAGCUGGAUCGGUUAUAUCAAAGGCUACAAACGAAGAUUCUACCAGGGUACAACGACACAUCGUGGUACUCCUCAGCAGGCUAGCGAGCCCGGUCGUGUUUUGACCCUUUUACCAUCAAGUGACAAAGAACAGCGAGUCUGGGGCAAACUUUUCGAAGUUGAUGGUGUGGACGAAAUUAAUGCCGCGAUCGAACACCUCGCUGAACGAGAAAUGAUCCUCGGUGGUUAUCGAUUUGAUGUUGUUCCUUUUUAUCCCUUUAAAAACUGCGAGAAUAACAAUUAUGAACAAUCUCCAGAAGUCAUCCAAUCGAUUGUAUACAUCGCUGAACCUGGAAAUGAUCAAUAUAUUGGUAAAGCGCCUCUUGAAGUUCAGGCACGACAAAUUGCCAUCGCACAUGGAUUUUGUGGUCCAAAUUCAGAGUACUUAAAGAAGUUGAUCGAAUUCAUAAUCGAAGAGGUACCAAAAGACAACCUUCACCACGACAAAUACUCACUUGAUUUGUGGAAUCUUGUAAACGAAUACCUCCAACAGAUUGCUUCUUCGACAUCACAGGAAAUGAAUAAUUCCAGUGAAAUCCUCACCCCACUGAUCGUUAGCUCUAUUGUUUCAAAUUAA